GGUAGCUUUGUUUGUAGUUGUAAUACUGGUUAUACCCUGAAUUCUGAUGGAAAAGCAUGCGAUGAUAUUAAUGAAUGUGCAGAUAAUAAUGGUGGUUGUAAUCAAACAUGCACAAAUACUCCAGGUAGCUUUGUUUGUCGUUGUAAUGCUGGUUAUACCCUGAAUUCUGAUAGAAAAGGAUGCAGUGAUAUUAAUGAAUGUGCAGAUAAUAAUGGUGGUUGUGGCCAAACAUGCACAAAUACUCCAGGUAGCUUUGCUUGUAGUUGUAAUGCUGGUUAUACCCUGAAUUCUGAUGAAAAAAGAUGUAGUGAUAUUAAUGAAUGUGCAACUAAUAAUGGUGGUUGUAAUCAAACAUGCAUAAAUACUACAGGUAGCUUUUCUUGUAGUUGUAAUGCUGGUUAUACCCUGAAUUCUGAUAAAAAGGGAUGCAGUGAUAUUAAUGAAUGUGCAACUAAUAAUGGUGGUUGUAAUCAAACAUGCACAAAUACUCCAGGUAGGUUUGCUUGUAGUUGUAAUGCUGGUUAUACCCUGAGUGCUGAUAAAAAAGGAUGCAGUGAUAUUUAUGAAUGUGCAGCUAAUAAUGGUGGUUGUGGUCAAACAUGCACAAAUACUCCAGGUAGCUUUUCUUGUAGUUGUAAUGCUGGUUAUACCCUGAAUUCUGAUGGAAAAGCAUGCGAUGAUAUUAAUGAAUGUGCAGAUAAUAAUGGUGGUUGUAAUCAAACAUGCACAAAUACUCCAGGUGGCUUUGUUUGUAGUUGUAAUGCUGGUUAUACCCUGAAUUCUGAUAGAAAAGGAUGCAGUGAUAUUAAUGAAUGUGCAACUAGUAAUGGUGGUUGUGACCAAACAUGCACAAAUACUCCAGGUAGCUUUGCUUGUAGUUGUGCUGCUGGUUAUACCCUGAAUUCUGAUGAAAAAAGAUGUAGUGAUAUUAAUGAAUGUACAGAUAAUAAUGGUGGUUGUAAUCAAACAUGCACAAAUACUCCAGGUGGCUUUGUUUGUAGUUGUAAUGCUGGUUAUAUCCUGAAUGCUGAUAGAAAAGGAUGCAGUGAUAUUAAUGAAUGUGCAACUAAUAAUGGUGGUUGUAAUCAAACAUGCAUAAAUACUACAGGUAGCUUUGCUUGUAGUUGUGCUGCUGGUUAUACCCUAAAUUCUGAUGAAAAAAGAUGUAGUGAUAUUAAUGAAUGUGCAGAUAAUAAUGGUGGUUGUAAUCAAACAUGCACAAAUAAUCAAGGUAGUUUCGCAUGUAGUUGUAAUACUGGUUAUAGAUUAGGAAUGGAUUCUAAAACUUGCACCGAUAUUAAUGAAUGUAUUGAAGGUACAAGUGGUUGUAAUCAAAUAUGUGAAAAUAUAAAUGGUGGUUACACAUGCAGUUGUCAUAGUGGUUUUAGGUUGGAUGCUUAUUCAAAGAAUUGUAUAGAUAUUGAUGAAUGUAGUUUACCAAUUUCACCAUGCGGAAACUCAAAUUGUAAAAAUACAGUUGGUUCAUUUCAUUGCUACUGUAAUAAUGAUAAAGUAUUAUCACAAAAAUUAAAUUGUGUAUCAGCACAUUUUAUUACCAGUGCAGUAUCACCAUUUACAACAGGUGGUGAGGUAAUAUUAUUUGGUCAAUUUGAAAUAAAAUGUAUUAUUGAAGGAGGAUUAGGCACACAUAAUAUAACACUAAUUCAAAAUGAUUUAGUAUAUGUUGGUUUAAAUUUAUUCAAUUACAAGCAAAAAACUCAAAUUUGUAGUAAUGGAUGUUCAAAUCAUGGUACUUGUGUUGAUGGUGAAUGUAAAUGUGAUAAAAAUUAUAGUUUGUUUGAUUGUAGUUUAAUUGGUAAUAGUGGUGGAGGAAAUGAUAUUUCUAUUGAUCCAGAAACUGGUGGUGUUUCUUCAAAUCAAGAUACCAAUUUUCAAAUUUAUAUUUUAUCAUUAAAAGAAAUUGAUAUUAAUAAUGAUGUUGUUCAAGAAUUUAGUCUACCAAAUAAAUGGAUUCAAACAAUGGAACCAGAUAUAAAUAAACAUAAAUUUUAUCAAAAUUUAAAUAAUGGUAGCAAAAUAACAUGUAUAAUUGAAGAGAUUACAAAUGAAAAUGGUAAACAAUUUACUUUUGCAAAUACAACAUUUAUUUUAAAUUAUGGUUCAUUGAAAUUCACAAUUCAUAUUUUAAAUUAUCAAUAUAAAAGUUUUUUAAAUACAUUGCAAUUAGAUUUUAUUUCAAGUGUAAAAGAUGAAAAUCAAAAAAACAACAAUAAUUGUAAUUCAAAAGAUACCGAAUUUGAUCUAAGUAAUAUAGAUAAUAAUUUAAAAUUUAAUUUUAUAAAACUAUCAAAAAAUAAUCAAAUUCUUUCAGGGAGAUUUAUAAAUAAAUUAAUUUCAGAUGGUAGACCAACAUUUUUUUCCACUACAGCUUCAACUGAUAAAACAAAUUCAAUUAUUGUAUCUUUAAAAUUACCACAUUGCACCGAAGAGUGUAUUAUAGACCCUGACUUCUCUUUAUUAUUGUCAACAGAUUUUAAAAAUGAUUGUAAUGAUAAAUCUAGAAAAUGGUAUUUACCUGUUGUGGUUAUUAUACCAGUUGUUUCAGUUGCAAUAAUAAUUAUUGUAUCUUCAAUAAUUUACAAAAGAAAUAAAGUCACUUUUAAAAUUGGUGUGGCAAAAUUAAGAAAAAUGUAA